AUGGCUGUUCGUGCACCUCCAAAGGCAAUUCCCAAUAAUUUCAACGAUGAUGAUGAUGAUGGGCCCAUAGUUUUCAAGAGGGGUGGUAACUCAACCUCUAAGCAGAUUCAAUCAAACUCUGAAGCAAAGAAACCUUCUUCAUCUUCUCAGAAUUCCAAUGGUGAAAGCCUGAAUGCCCAGAAGGGUAAAUUGCCGAUCCCAUCUUCCAAUGCAUCCCCUGUGAAAUCUCCUAUAGGGAGCCCAAAAGCAUCAGUUUCAUCUGCCAAGGCAUCCCAGUUGAGGUCACCUAAAGAGUUGACUUCUUCAAUUGAUCAGUCGAAGCUGGCAUCUAAACAGGUUGUCUCAAAUGCUGUUAAGGAGGAGACCAAACCGAUUGUGGAUGAUGAGGAUUCUGAGGAUGAUAGGCCCUUGAGUUCUAGACUUAAGGGGAGCGCAAACAAUGCCAAUAAAGGGGUUACUGCACCUGCUCGUGUCAAGGAUGAAUGUUCAGAUGAUGAUGAAGUCCCUUUAUCCUCGAGGUUUGCAACAAAGUCAAAUGCAGGGACAUCAAGUAGUAAGACUAUCAGUUCUACUGAGAAGAAAUCAUUGGCUUCUAAGCUUCAGCUAAAUGGUUCUACUACAAAGGACAAGCAACAGAAAUCAUCUGUGGUGCCAACUAAGAGACCUAUGGAUAAUAAGGUUUCUUCGAACCAGUCUUCUGCUAAAAAACCAAAACUUUCAGAUGCAUCUACAACAACAAAAGUUAAGCAAGUUACUGUAAAGGUUGAGCAGAAGGCAGAUGAUGAUGACCACCUUACAAUUUCCCAGAGAAUGAAGAAGACAGGUUCCUCAGCUAACAAAUCACUGUUUGCAAAGAAAAAGGUAACAAACGCUGUUUCUUCCGCAUUGAAGAAGACGACUAAGAACAAGAAACAAAUGAAAAAUUCAAAAUAUUCCAAGUCAACAAAAGUACAGCCGGGCUCCAGUGAUGGCCAGAAAAAAUGGACUACCUUGGUUCACAAUGGUGUCAUCUUCCCACCUCCAUACAACCCUCAUGGGGUUAAGAUUCUUUACAAGGGGAAACCAGUUGAUUUGACUCCUGAGCAAGAGGAGGUUGCAACCAUGUUUGCAGUGAUGAAAGAUACAGACUAUGUUCAAAAACCACAGUUCCUUCAAAACUUUUGGAAUGAUUGGCGUAAAUUACUAGGGAAAAAUCAUGUAAUACAGAAGCUAGAAGACUGUGAUUUCAACCCUAUAUAUGAAUGGCAUCAGCAAGAAAAGGAGAAGAAGAAACAAAUGAGUACUGAAGAGAAGAAGGCCUUGAAAGAAGAGAAAUUGAAGCAAGAGGAGAAGUAUAUGUGGGCCAUUGUUAAUGGUGUUAAAGAGAAGGUUGGGAAUUUCAGAGUCGAGCCACCGGGUCUAUUUCGAGGACGAGGAGAGCAUCCAAAGAUGGGGAAGCUGAAAAGCCGUAUUCGUCCCAGUGACAUUACUAUAAAUAUUGGGAAGGACACCCCGAUCCCAGAAUGUCCUAUUCCUGGUGAAAGGUGGAAAGAAGUGAAGCACGAUAAUACUGUUACAUGGUUGGCAUUCUGGAAUGAUCCAAUCAAUCCGAAAGAAUUCAAAUAUGUAUUCUUGGCUGCCAGCAGUUCCUUGAAGGGACAAAGUGACAAGGAGAAAUACGAGAAGGCAAGGAAGUUGAAGGACUAUAUACACAACAUCAGAGCAGCUUACACAAAGGAAUUUGCAAGUAAAGAUAUUACAAAGCGGCAAAUAGCAGUGGCGACCUAUCUUAUUGAUAAGUUAGCUCUUAGGGCGGGUAAUGAGAAGGAUGAUGAUGAAGCUGAUACUGUUGGUUGCUGUACAUUAAAAGUAGCAAAUGUUGAGUGUAUCCCUCCGAAUAAAUUGAAGUUUGACUUCCUUGGUAAAGAUUCAAUUAGAUAUGAAAACACAGUCGAGGUUGAGCUUCCUGUGUACAAGGCAAUUGGACAUUUUCAAGUUGGAAAAAAGCCAACCGAUGAUCUUUUUGACUCACUUGAUACAUCUAAACUAAAUGCUCACCUAAAAGAACUCAUGCCUGGCCUCACAGCAAAAGUUUUUCGUACAUACAAUGCAUCAAUCACAUUGGAUGAAAAGUUAUAUGAGGAAACAGAAGAUGGUGAUGUUGCUGAAAAAAUUGUCAUUUAUAACCAAGCAAACAAACAGGUUGCAAUCAUUUGUAAUCAUCAACGUACUAUUUCAAAAUCUCAUGAUGCACAAAUGUCAAGAUUGACUGAGAAAAUUGAGGAACUUAAGGGGACACUGAAGGAGUUGAAAACGGAUCUGGACAGGGCCAAAAAGGGGAAGCCCCCAUUGAAGGAUGCAGAUGGAAAGCAAAAGAGGAACUUGACUCCUGAAGCCAUAGAGAAGAAGAUAGCAGCAGCCAAUCAAAAGAUUGAGAAAAUGGAAAUGGCCAUGAAGACCAAAGAGGAUCUGAAAACGGUGGCAUUGGGCACAUCCAAAAUCAAUUACCUUGAUCCUAGGAUUACAGUUGCAUGGUGCAAGCGUCAUGAGGUUCCUAUUGAGAAGAUAUUCAACAAGUCUCUCUUAGCGAAGUUUACUUGGGCGAUGGAUGUUGACCCCCAAUUCAGAUUCUGA